UUAUUGUUUAUUGGGGCAUAUGAAAGCAACUUUAUCAUUUAUCGGCUGCCAUUAAAACUAAAUCAAAUUUAAUAUGUGUCGUAAGUAAAUAUAAAUGUAUAUAUUUUACAUUCCUCAUAUAGAUGCACCAGUUUGAUUCUAUUGCAUCGAAAAGGACUCGGAUUUCUACCCAUCUUAUGAAUGACUACUCGGUAGUCUUUCUCCAAAUUAUUUAAGUAUUUUUCUGUCGUUAUAACAACAGAAAACAUAAAUUAUGUAUAUUCUACGACAAAAUCAGUGAAAAGUUAUUAUUAUAAUAAUAUAUAAAUAUACAAAUAUAUAUUAUUAUAUUAGAAUGUAGUAUACCAUAUUUUUUGAUGAAGUAGUGCACCAAAUUCUUUGAAUACCAUUUAUUCAAAGUCACCAUGAAUGGUCUUGAGGAAAGAAGAAGAAAUUGCGAAUUAAUUUGUAAACCCAUUUACUAUUUGUUUAUGAUCGAAUGUUGAUUAAAAAUUAAGUGAACUCAAAAUGCUAUCUGCACAACAGAUUAUUUAGUUUUGUUGUAAUAUUUAGUGUCAAUUAAAGUGUUUUUGGCAAGAAAAUGACAGAUCCUUGGCUAGUUCAAAACUCAGGCCAACAGAAUAAUUCGGUUGAGAACAGUACAACGGAAAACGGUGUGCAUCAGCAGCUAGGUGAGGAAAAGCUUGAACAAGCGCCUUUGGAAUUUGAGGAUAACUUCGCACCUACUCCUAGCGACAAACCGUCGACAUCAACAACGAUUGACGGUAGCAAUAGCCCUGCACAUUGUCUUGAACCUUUGCCCGAUUCUGACAAUUACUUACGUGGACUCGAGAAGAAAUUGCAGAAAAUCAAAAAAGGUGCUAAUUUAGUGGAAGCGCUAUCUGAGAAACGUAACGACUGUCUUCGUCAACUACUGAAUAGUGGUGACGCCGAUAACAACAAUGAAGUGUUAGCUUUGGAUCAACCUUUGAACAACAUUGAAUUCUAUAGACAUCUUCAACCAGUGCAGGCUUUAUCUGUUGGUGAACUGGUCCAUAUUGUCAAACACGAUCAGUUACAACAGGAUCAAGCGCCAAAUACCUCCGACCAGCACCAAGAAUUGGAUGAAGAGGACAAAAAAGAAAUAAAAUAGUAUUAGAAAGUAAAUUAAAAAUGAACACUCCAUUCGGCGAAGUUUUUCUUUUUCUAACCGAUUUGGCUUGGAAAAGUCGCGUAACUAUACCGAUGCUUGUGACAACAGUCUUUCUCAUUAUGGAUAUCCGUUUGCAAAUAGAAAUAAAUAUACAAACCGGGCAGGCGGCUGCGGAUAUAGAUGAUCUUGAUGAUGACUAUGAUGAUGAUGAUGAUGACGACGAUGACGAUUCAGAUGAUUA